CGCACCGACCCUUAAGCGUUCUUAAGACGAGAGCUGUGAGGGGAAAACUACGCGAGGAGCCCUUUUCCCUUAAUGUCCCUUCUACUUUGCUUUCACUUCAGAAUGAAUGUGGAAAUGCUAUAACGCCUUAUUUUUCUAACUCCUUGAUGUUGGGUGUUUUUUUUCUAUUCUUUAUAUCUCAACUUCUGAUGCUUUUCUUCCUAUGACCUUUCGUCUAAAAACUGACCACUCCUUUACAGGUUUUUACGGUAAAAAAAAAAAAAAAAAAAAGGGCCUCUUCUGUCUUAAUUUUACAUAACUGAAGAAAUAUCAUGGCUAGUGUUCUUUAAAUAGCUAGUCAGUUUAUACUGUCACUCAGAACGGUACCUGAAAAGUACAGGUCCUCUCCCAUUUGUCUUCUUAACCCACCUCCCAGCAAAGAGGGCUCAGAGGUUUUCAUUAUUUGGGAUCGAUGAAUAUAAAUAGCACGAAGAUACGUUAUCCUCAGCUUAAAUGUACUAGAACUUUUAUCAGUGUUUGAGUUGUGUUUGCAAAGGUACCCUCGUAGUGGAAAUCGGUGGAAGUGAGUUAGUGUGAAACCCUGAAAAGCAAACAAAAUCCCCAGGCAGCAUGUUCUGGCUGUUGUGUUGGUGUUCUAGUCACUAGGGGAAACGCAUAAAAAAACACUUAAGAUGUGUGCUGGAGGGAAUGAAUUUGUCUUUUUUAGAAGCUCAUAAUAUAAACACCUGGAACCAGACAGCUAUAAAUCAAAACGUCGGUUUAGGCUUUUGUUCUUUUUUGAGGAAAGAGAUUUAAAUGCGUUAGAAACAAAAAGCUACCUUUAAUGCCUUUAAGAUUGGUCUUUUAAAAAUAAAAUCUGGACCAUAGAUAUAAAUGAGUAGUUGAAUCUGCUCGUUUUUUAGGAUGGAGUGUUAUUGUCCCAAAAAGCUUCUUAAAAUCACAUCAUAAAAAUAUCGGUGGUUGUUGUAAGCUGCUGCUUAUUUUGAAAAUGAACUUGAGUUAAGGAAGGAAUUUUGCUAUUAAUCUUUCCCUCGAUUAAUUUUAGUACAGACUUUUUUGGUUAAUAUUUGUUUUGAUUUAUGGGGAAGUGAAGAGGCCUAUUUGGGGACCUGGUUUUCCUUUAAGUUCUUAUUUUUUAUUAGUCCUUAAGUUGAGGAAUGGAGCAAGUUCUGGAUAAUCACCUUACCCACCUAGAAAAAUAAUACAUGUAAGAUUCUCACCCAGUUUUAAGCUAAAAUGUGUGUAAGCAUUAACAAUUUACUUUAAUAGAAAAAAGGUUUUUACCUUUUCCCUCUCUUAGAGUGUUUAUGGUCAUAGAAAAUAUUUUUUUAACACGUGAUACCCAAACAUAUUUCAGCGUGAAUGAACUCGGUAGAUUAAUGAAUAUGGUCACGCUCACCUGUUAGAUUUUUUGUUGUUGAGGUAAUUGUCUUUAUUUGUAAUUGGUUAAAGAAUUAGAAGAAUGCCAGAAGCUUUUCUGAGGGUCUGCUUUUUUUAUUAUUGUUUCUUAAAGCAAUUUACUAUUCACUAGAGCUUUUGGUUUUUAAACUACAGUGACCUUUUAUCUGCUAAUCACAAACCAGCAGUUUAAAAAGCUUUUAUAGAAUACAAUUGUUGUGUUCUUAUCUUUGUAUUUCAAUGUAAUAACUUUUUAGAGAGACUCAAAAAGAUUUUCAAAUGAUGUUUUUGAGAGGUUUAAGUAGUUAUACUUGAAAGUUUUAACUAAAAUUAGAGAAAACAUUGACAGGUCAGUAUUCAGAUUUCAUUUGCUUUAUCUACAAAAUAAACAAGGCAGUUAUUAACCCCAUCUUACUGAAAAGAUAUAUAGAAUUAGAGGGUAACUUUCUAGAGAUUGCAGAAUACAUUAAGGAAAUAAUACUAACAGUUUGUACUUUGAUAGCAUUUUAGAACCUCCCCCUGCCCUCUGUCUUUGACAUAUUUUCUCAUUUAUUGCUCAGAAUAAUCUUACAAGGGCAGGAGUACUCUUAACAAUUUUAGAAACUAAAACCUGAGGCCCAGAAGACUGAGCAGUUGGGAACCCGAGAUUUCUAAGGUCCAGUCCAUUGCUCAUUGCCUUGAUACACUAUGCUGUAUAUAUUUUGAUUAAGUUUUUUAAAAAGAGCACGCUUUACAUUGGUGUCUCUGAGCCAUUAACGAAGUUUGCUAAAAACAGUUACAGGAGCUUAAUUUUCCAUUACAGAUUAAUGUCUCUUCCGUUUUAAAGGACUGGAAUAAAAGAACUUUAGGAAAGAAAAUAUAAUUGGCUGAAUUUCGUUAUAAGUGACCCCAAUAGUUAAUCAACCAAAAUUCCCUUCUGCCUGAAGUGAAACUGUUGAGCACCUGCUGCCUUCUUAGUAAAGGCCAGGUGUUCUUGAGGGGAAGAAAACUUGGAGUCUAAUUUGAGAUGACUGACAGCUCAAAUCUGGGUAAAAGUAAGUAUAUAAUCAAGUGCUAUGUGAUAGAAUUAAUAAGGAAUUCAGAAAAUGGAGCUGAGCAGUUUUGUGAGGGGAAUGGGAACGCUUUAACUAGGAUGUAAAACUUGAACUGGAUCUGAUGAUUAGGGAAAUGAAUAUUCGUGUGAGUGUGACAAUGAGGAGGUUGCUGGAAUAGUGAGAGAGAUUUGACUAAAUAUACAGUCAGAUAAUGGAGGGUUUUGAAUUCUAGAUUUAGGAAUUUGGACUUAAUCCAAUAUGCAGUAAGGUACCAUCUAUGAAUUCUUAAUUCUGGGAGUAGCAUAAUGAAGGGAAUUUUACAAAGAACAGAGACUUGGAUAGGAAGAGCAACAUGGUACAUCUGAAAUAUUUAAGAAAGGAAAUUAUGAACAAUUUGGUCUAAACUGGACAGCAGUGGGAUGUAAGAAAUGAGUUAGACAUUUUUAAGGAAUCCGGGAGAAUAGUGGUAUCAUUAAAAUAAAUAGGUCCAUAAAAGCAAUUUGCUUGGGAUACGUAUAUAGUUAGAAAUGUAGAUAGAAAUAUUUUUUAAGUGGAAAUGUCUUUUGGAGCUGGGAGUGAGGUUAGCACUUGAGCUAUGACUUUGCGUGUCAUUUUCAUAAAAGGAAUGAGUUGUUUGCUUCACACAGCUUAAAGUAAUACUAGGAUUUCGAUCUCAGAAAAUUUUAGUGUCCUUUAUAGAAAUUAAGGAUAAUGGAAAUUAAGCUUUUAUCAUUUUACUUAUUUUGUUCCCCUUCUACCCCUAAUUUUUUAAAAAAUGAAACUAGAAAAACAUUGAGUCCAAUUUUUUCUUACACAGUGGCCCAGUGUUUUUAAUGGAGGUUAGUGAUUUGUUUAUUGCGUAGGAGUCCAUCUUAUGAUUCCACAGUUGUCUAUGCUUUGUAGUGCAGUUGAAGAGAAAGAUGCUACUUAUUCUUGCCUCCUUUUCAGAGCUUGUUUUGGCUUCUUAAGUAGCUGGAAUAUUUUUAAGAGACUACUACUGUUCCCCUUAAUGUACAAGAUGAUUGGAUGAUAAAAGUGAAGAGGAAAGUGCAAAUUCACCUGUAUCAAUUUUGAAUUAAAAUUUGUGUGUGUUAAGAUAUUUUGUUCAAGAAUGGCUGAAAUAGGUGAAGGCUUCUUUCUUCUCUGAAACAUGAUUUGUAAUAAUAGGGGUGAGGACUACACUGUUCAAAACUCAGCUUGGUGACUGGCUUUUUUAAAGAGCCCUUAAACUAGGCUUAAAAAAUUUUUGUUGAUGGAAUUUUAAAAUUGUAAAUGUGAGGGUACUGAUGAGGUUUACCCUCUGCCCUCUCUUUUUUUUUUUUUUUAAAGAAUACAAAUAAAAUUGAAUCCUUGUUUUACAGAUAAGAAUGUCAGCACUCAAGCUUUUACAAAACUUAGUUCAGCUUCAGCAAUUUAAUUUCAUAUAUCUCAUCACAUCAACCUGUUACAGAAGAAUAAGGCUUCCUUUCUUAUGGUAGGGGUAGUAUUAAACCCGAGAGUCUUGUUUGUCUUGGGUUUGAUUUAUUUACCUGAAGUUAAGUACUAUCAUUUAUCCAAUUUUAGUGCUUUUUUAUUCCACUCCGUCAUUUAAGCAAAGAAUCUAUAAACUUAAGGAAAUAUUUUAGUGUUCAACUUUUUAUGUUUGAGAUUCUUUCACUGAAGGGUGCUAAUUUGUCAAUAUAUAGAAGGCAGGAUUUUAAAAAUGAGCAGUGCAACUAAUUGUACCCACAGUGCAUAACUGUAGUUUUACAGAUUUGUCAUAGAUGCUGCUUACGAUUUAUACCAUUCCUAAAAUGAGAAUAAAGAGUCUUGGAAUCUGAAAGAAUGCCAAGGGAUUUAAAUAUUUAGGAGUAAGAGUCAUUAAAAACUACAAAUAAGCUUUGUCUCUAUGGACUUUAUUUUGUAAAUGAACUGAAGUUAUUUACCUGUGGAAUAAUGUGUAGUAUAACAAGUGUGAAAUGGCCAUGAAUAACCAGCAUAAUAGUUUUCUAGAACUUACCUGAUGGUGUGGAAACCUUCUCUUUGAUAGUAUCAGUGGAUGGGCAGACAUUAAAUAACUAACUCUGAGACCUUUGUAAAAGGUAUAUACGCACAUGCUAAGUGAAUUAAUACUGAUUGUUAUUUAUUCAUAUGUCAUAACAGAUUUAGCAGGACAGAAGUGGAGGUGAGAAAAUGGUAAAGAUCAGAUGAGGAGAGAGUCAGUAAGCACUGUUAAAAAAGGGGGAAAAAAGAGUUGAGGGGAAUAAUGAAAGGAAUUGUGGUUUCCCUUCCCUCCAUCAGUUUACUGCCAUAUAUAGUUGUGUCUAAUCCUUUUUGUCUCAUGAUUUUCACCAAAAGUAUAAGUGACUAGGCGUACUGAUCUGAAGUAGAAGACAAGAUAUGAUUUUUCCUUUAAACUGAGGCCCUGUAGUCUUAUUCAAGAUUCAUGAAUACUCCCAUGACAUUAGAAGAGGAGAGCAUAAAUACAGAAUUCUGUAACAGGUUCUUCGUAGUUUGUUUUUAGUUGCUAUUUAUGGGCUUUUAAUAUACCUAAACCACUUUAGUCCUUAUAAACUUGUUUUCUGUGCCAUUGAAAUUGCCACUUAUACACUAGCUUUUGGGACAUUACAAUUGACGAUGACAUAAACUAGCCAGUUUAUGAGCCGUGUUUAAAAUUUGUACAAAAGACUAAAUUUUACAGUUAAUUGCACAGUUGUGACAUGACUUUAAAUUUGAUUAUAUGUGUGUAAGUGCCAAUUCCUAAAUAAUUUCUUUAUGUUAAGUAUUCCCAAAAUUAUUCCAAGUUUUAGAGAAUAUAGAGACAAAUACAGUGUUAGAAUAUCUGUGAGCCUUUCAGAUACAAAGACCACUUUAAUCUCACUCAGCAGGCAGCAUACAGGUAUGAUCUUAAAAGAAGGGAAAUUAUUUAAAAACAGCUAAUGUUAUGAGCACUUGGUGUUUUCUUUUUAAGAAAUUGCUCUGAUAGCAGCUAUGGGUUAAAAAGAGACUGGAAGUAAUUCUUUUAUAAGCUUAAGAGUCUGUAAAAGAAGUAGCCUAUCAUACUCAAGAGGAAUGAGGCAGAACUGCUAUUUCUGUAGGCUAAAAUUAAAGAAUUGAGUAAACACAGAUUUCCCACAAGUCCUAAAGAAUGAAGUUCUCAGUACAGUGAAUAUUAUGUUAUUUGGGUAAUCUAAGUACACCCUCCAUCUUUUGGACAUAUAGUUUACCUAAGUGCACUGAUGUUUUCUGUAGAAGUACAUCUCUAGUUUCAUAAAGUAGUAGGAAAAUAUGUUUUGAGAAAUUUUAUUUUAAAAGCUUGCACCAUAUGCAUAUAGACUUGAAUUUGUGUAAACUUGGCCCAAUUACUUGGCAUACAGUUUGCUUUGCCAUAAUGUUAGAAUGGGUUACAGCAUAGCAUUUAUAUUGAUUUAUGUGUUUAUUUUAAUGGGUUUUAAGUACUAAGCAUAUAUAUUGUUGGAAUUUUUUUUCUUCCACCGGUAAUAUACUAGCUGUGUUAAAAAACACUGCAGUUCUUGCUUACUGUAGGGAUUGUUCAUGUUCUGCAACAAUGUGUGCAUAUAUUUAAUAACGCUUUUUCUUGAUCAAAAGAAUAGUACGUGUUCAUUGUGGUUAUUUACAGUUUGUAAAACACACCUAUUUUAGCACAAAAGAAAGAUGGUUCUUAGACUGCUUGUAUUGGGUACACUGUAGUACUUUCUUAAUAUUCAUAGUUAGCUCCCUCCUUUUUGUUUUUCUCUGUGUCCUUCAGCUACUACCAAAGGUACCUUGAUAAUGAUAGAAUAAUUAAAAGAACAAACACACACCCUUUAAGCAGGUUGUACUGUGAGAACUUUCUGCAUGGCUUCUGGCUUAUAGUAGGUAAGGUAGAUUGGGAGCAAAUUUAAAAUUUCUAUUAAAAUUUGUGAUAUGAUUUGGUUGAGUCCUUAACCUGCCCAUUUCAACUAGGCAGCAUAGUUUUAAUGGUUGUUGGAUCCAGAAGCAGGUUACUGAGGAAUUUGGCAGAAUUUCUUGACUGGACAGCUUUAAGAGCAGGUUAAGUGUAGUCUAGUGAAACAGGACAGAUACCACCCCUUCUCAGUAUUUAAUUUUUUUCUGUUUGCAAUUUCAAUUCACUUUCCAAAUUCUGAAUAGUUUUAUGAGUUUCCUUGAAAAAAGUUGAAACAAUCGUUUCAUAAGGAAGACAAGUCAGGGGUAGAAAAGGAUAAUCUAGCAUUUGUCCAUAAAGGGCUUAUUGUAGCCUGGUUUCUAAUGCACAGUUUAGUGACGAUAGUAUGUAUUUGGUACCAGCUUUUGAGAAAUAAGUUACUUAAAAAUGGUAAAUAUUAAUAUAACAGUUUUCUGUGUGUGAAGACUUUAUUAACUACCGUUUCUUGUGAUGAAAGGCCAUUUUUUUUUAUUACAGUAAAAAUAAUUCUGAAGAAUUAAAAGUUUGUUUUAUGCUUUGUAGUUUGUUCUUUAGGUUAAGGUUACUGACAGUUAUUGAUUUACCUUUUUAGUAAGUCUUUAAACUGUUUUUGGAGGUUAAAAUGAUAGUGACAGCUUUUUACUAGGAGUUAAAGAGGGAGUUAAGAGGACUGUUUCUUAACCUUGGAUGAUUCCAUGAAGAAAUUUAUGCAGAUUUAGGUAUCCCUGAUAAAAACAUUGAAAGGUAGGCAACAAAGGAGAUGAGGUAUUUGUGACACCUGGCAUAAUAAAAAGCAAGCCUUCUUGAACAAUAUGUUGAUGUCUUUAGAAAAGAUACCCUGUCGUAUCUUAAUGCUUUAACAAACUAGAAAGUUGCAUUUUUUCCCAUUGAGUUGCUAUGCCAGAACUGGCUUUAAAAUUUAAAUUUUAAGAUGUUACUGAGUUACCUUGUUUACAUUAAUUCCUAAGAAGUGGUGAGUUUUUUUUAGCGCUAUUGAAUAAUUUUCAACUAUUAUGUUUAUGAGGGAAGACUUGAAAUAUACACGUAUUUGGACCAUAAAAUUUUAAUCUUGUACUAGAAAGCUUCACAUAAACAUUUAAGAAUAAAUUUGGGGUUUUAACAUAAGAUUUUGGUUUUUUUAUCCUAGUAAAACUAAAGAUUUUACAGUAACAGAGUACAAAGCCUUCUGAUACAUGUAUAUAACAAGGACUGUGAUGUUUAUAGAUACUGUUCCAUCUACUGCUGUUCAGUGGUGGCAUAAAUGAAUGUUAUACCAGAGGAUCUGUUUUCUAGAAGGGAAAGCCAAAAGAGAGAGGGGUAGAUACUCUUAUCAGUUUAAUUAAUGAACCAGCCCCUGAGACUUCAAUUACAAGCAAAUUUGCCAUACUUUUUUUUUCUUAAGUACUGGAUAUUCUGCUUUUACAGUUAGUGAUUGAAAAAGCCUAAAUUGCUAUGCCUGCUCCAGGCAUCAGUCAGAAAUUUAUAGAGUGUUUCUGAGAUUUGCUGAGACUUACUGUAGGAAGCUAAACGGGAAAGGUCAAUAUUGAACAGAAAAGUAGCUUUAUAUUUCAGUUUUGUUUUUAUCUGAAAAAAUAGAGAGUAUUAGUACAGUUCCUUGAUAAGUAAGUCUUUUGACGUUAAACAGAGUAAAGGAAAAGUUUUAAGUAAAUUGCAUGAUAGUCUUAUGGCAUAGGGGGAAAUUGGUGUGAAAUUGGGAUAAUUAUUUAGACUAAUAAUCAAGGCUUUACAUGGACAGAGAAACCAAACUGUUCGUCCUACUUUCGUCAUAAGUGCCUCAUAUAUCUGUCAAAUUAAAAAACAAGCUUUUAAUCAAUUUCAAAUUAUUUGAUUUGGAAAGUUUUGAUUUGUAUCCAACUCUUUCAGAAGCCUGUCAGUUUUCUGAACUUGGAGAUAGUCACUGAAGGGAGUACAAGUAUGCAUAGCUGCAUAAAAUAUGCAAAAACUAUGAACAAAAGAGGUGGGGUCAAAAACAAAGACAAGGAUUCUGAUUUUCUAACUUCUUUUACAUUAUGAUACUUCAUGGAUAAUAUAGGAUUUUAAAAUGGCACAAUUUGCAAAAAUAGGUAUAUUAGGAAUUUACAAGCCAAAGGGGAAAUUUUAAGAAUUUCAUGCUUUCUUUUCCCCUUAAUGUUUUCAAUAUCCUUGUAUUACUUCAGAACAUCUUUCUGGGUAAAUCAGAGUGAGCAAAGGUAGUAGUCAAACAAAAUUGAGAGAAGAUGUUAGUAAUUUUACAUUUUUUUCUUUUACUUCUUCAAACCUCAGCAUGUAUCUUAUAGUGUGUGAGUUUAGAUAGAUGUGUAUAAAUAUUUCAGCCUAGAAUGCUUUCUUCAACUAUAUCUUGAUAUCUUAGCAUGGCUUAGUGAAAGCUUAUUUUAAGAUCACUAAGAUGAUAAAUUAGUGAAAACUUAAGACAUAGAUGGGGGGUAUAGUUAAUGUUAGAGUUAUGCUUGAAUUAAGUAUUAUAUUAAAAUUGUGCACAUUUUAGGAACUAGGAUGAAACAUGAAAGGGGAGGAGGGUGAAGAGUAUGGUAAAAACAUUUAGAGAAAUUCAGUAAAUUCUCUUUGUUAGAAACUAGACUUUUGAACAAUUUAAAGAUUAUAAAAUUGUUUUUUUAAUAAACUAGUUAUUUGCACUUUACCUGCUGGCUUUACCAUUUGGUAGAUAACAUUCUGAACUCCAGCAGAGUUUUAUAAUCCCCACGUGCUUAAAUAUACUAAAUGUUCUUUUUCCAUUAAGGUUAAUGUUCGUGAAGAAAUUGAAGAGUUUUUUCCAAGAAUGUGGAAGAUAAAUCAAGAUAAAAGAAGGCUAAUGAAAAGUAUUAAAGAUCAGAAAAUUAAAAUUGAAUGGGGGAAAAAAUUGAACAGAAGAUUGGUCAGAUAGAAGCACUUGAAUAUUUUUUUUAAGGCUAUUUUGAAUUGUUUGAAUUGGGGAAGAAUACACGAAGUAUGAAAAAUGAAAAACUCAAUGAAGAAUGAAGAGAAGUAGAAAGCAAGAGUGAAGUAGAAUUAAAAGAAUCUGGAAGAAUGAAUGGGUCCUAGGAGUCUCGCUCUCAGUCAAAAUCUCCAACGGGAACUCCUGCUCGUGUAAAAUCGGAGAGCAGGUCAGGAUCUCGUAGUCCAUCAAGGGUUUCCAAACACUCUGAAUCCCAUUCUCGGUCAAGAUCAAAAUCCAGGUCGAGGUCAAGAAGGCAUUCUCAUAGACGUUACACUCGAUCCAGAUCCCAUUCUCACUCUCAUAGGAGACGAUCUCGAAGUAGGUCAUAUACACCAGAAUACCGGCGUCGAAGGAGCCGAAGUCAUUCUCCAAUGUCUAACCGGAGAAGACAUACAGGCAGCAGGGCAAAUCCAGAUCCCAACACUUGUCUUGGAGUGUUUGGCCUCAGUUUGUACACAACAGAGAGAGAUCUUCGUGAAGUAUUUUCUCGGUAUGGACCAUUGAGUGGCGUCAAUGUUGUUUAUGAUCAGCGAACUGGACGAUCACGAGGAUUUGCCUUUGUUUAUUUUGAGAGAAUAGAUGACUCAAAGGAGGCUAUGGAAAGGGCAAAUGGAAUGGAGCUGGACGGUAGAAGAAUUCGUGUGGAUUAUUCUAUUACCAAGAGGGCACACACACCUACACCAGGCAUCUACAUGGGCAGACCAACUCAUAGUGGUGGUGGCGGUGGCGGAGGCGGUGGUGGAGGUGGAGGAGGUGGCAGACGUCGAGAUUCUUACUAUGAUAGAGGAUAUGACCGUGGGUAUGACAGAUAUGAAGACUAUGAUUACCGGUACAGAAGAAGAUCACCUUCUCCUUACUAUAGUCGAUACAGAUCACGAUCAAGAUCUCGUUCCUACAGCCCAAGACGCUAUUGAUAAACCAGAAUGUUUGCAGCUAAGGACAUCUUUUUCUCUUUCUCUUUUUUUGUUUAAUUCUGGAUUUCCCCAAGCUUCCAAUCCUUCGUAGUCCUUUAAAAGAACCCUUAAAAAAAUCUUUGGUUUAUUUAGCAUCUACACUUUGUCAGUUGUAUUGCUGUUUUCCACCCCUUUAUUAUACUCCUAAAGAUGUGAUUGUUGUCAUUUUGAGUAGUUAAACAUCUUGAGUGAAAAAGGAACCCUCAGUGUUAAUGCUUUGUAAAUGAUUUUUCUUUGCUUUUACAGAAAAUUAACUCCUGGCUAAUCAAAUGAAGAAAGAAAUGAUCUUUUAAAAGGUUCUUUUGUGUUAAAUAUUGUGUUAGACAUUGUAUUAGAGAUCUGCAUUUACAACAAGCUCCUUUUUUUCAACUUUAUUUUGGAGAAGAUAGUAACACACAAAGUAGUUCAGUCAUGUCGUUUGUCUGGGGUGGCAUGGAGCAAGUAGUGUAGAAAGUUUGAAGCUAUAGAAGAAAUCACUUGGUCAUUUCUUUGGAAGAACGGAAUUUUUGAACCCUAAAAAUUACGUCGUCUUUUAGAAAUGAAAAGCUCGUGGACUCCUACAAAACAUGUUGUAUUUAAAAUACAUCUGUUAAAACUUACAAACUUAAAGUGUGAUUUUUGUGUUGAAUUUAUUGAAGUUUAAGUAUUCCUUUAAUCAGUGAAGGACAGCCCUUAUUUAUUACUUUGAGCAAUUGUAUACUUUGCUGUUAGAAAUUUUGGUAUUGGGACAGUGGUUAAGCAGACAAUGUAUAGUACAGAGUCCUUAGAAGAUACGUAUGGGAAAGUCGUCUUUCAAAUAAAAGUUAAUUUCUUUGAAAA